GGAGAAGCCAAGAUGGCGACGGCCACUCGGCUCAUCCAGCGGCUGCGCAACUUCGCGGCGGGGCGCGACCUCCAGGCCAAGCUGGCGCUGCGCUACACCGAGAUCUCCAAGAGGACCCAGCCGCCACCUCGGCUCCCGGUGGGUCCCAGCCACAAGUUGGCAGACAACUACUAUUGCACCCGYGACGGGCGCAGGGAGACUUUCCCGCCCGUCGUCGUCGCCUCGGCGCAGAAAACGCUCGCUGCUGGGGCUCAGGCCGGCAGGUAGGUCUGGUCUCGUCUGCAGCUGCACACCGAGCUGCCUUGAAAAUACACAGUUCUUCCAGAAACUAGUGUUGUAUUCAGUAGGUCAUAGAGUAAUGAUGAGCUAAUACCUCAGUUCUGUAUUUUUUCUUGAAUAAAUAAACAAAUUGGUUGUCUGUUGACUUACCUAGGCUCUCCAGUGCUAAUAAAACCCRUUCUUGUGAUUACAUUUGAGAGUUCUUCAUUAACUGCUAUUAAAAGCUACUCGAGUCUCUCUUUCUUCCUCUGUCUCAGCUCAGAAUCUGCAGUGACAACAGCAGAAAAAAAGCCAGUGACACCAGGGCCACCACUCAAGAAGUGGGAACUUUCAAAAGACCAGCCGUAUUUGUGAGAARCGAGUGGUGCUAGAUGCACAGCUCAUUAAGAAGUGACACUUUAACGUGGAAACCCACACUGGGUAUAGCUGCUGUGCUAAGUGUAUCRAAUUUAUCCUA